UUCUACCAGUCAGCCAAUCAUGAGUAUCCUUUUCGACCAAUCAGAUGACAGACAGGUUUCUCUUCCUGUUUGGCGAAGGGGUUCAUAAUUGGGUUGUGGGUCGCUUUUACACUUCGCCCACGUUUCAUGGACGGAGAUCAUGGGAGGGAUUAAACAAGAACAGACAGAUGCUCCGCAGCAGCCAAAGGGUUCCCAUUCAGCAGAACAACCACAAGAUGAGCCUAAGAAGAGAGGCUGGCCAAAGGGAAAGAAAAGAAAGAAGGUGCUACCUAAUGGUCCCAAGGCACCAGUAACUGGGUAUGUUCGGUUCUUGAAUGAACGGCGAGAGCACAUGCGGGCCCGAUACCCUGACUUACCUUUCCCAGAAAUCACAAAGAGACUUGGAGCAGAGUGGACGAGAUUAGCCCCAAAUGACAAACAGCGUUACCUGGAUGAGGCUGAACGUGAGAAGAUGCAGUAUGCUCAGGAACUGAAGGAAUAUCAGCAGACUGAAGCCUUUCACAUCACCAGUGCUAAAAUCCAAGACAGGAGGAUCAAGAAAGAAGAUGCUCCAUCUGUCACCAUAAGUGCUAGCUCAGGGUCAUCCUUACAAAAGGCGUCUGACUUCUCAAGCAGAUUUGACAUCCCCAUCUUCACUGAGGAGUUCCUCGACCAGAACAAAGCUCGUGAAGCUGAGCUGCGACGACUUCGUAAGGCCAAUAUUGAAUUUGAAGAGCAGAAUGCAGUGCUGCAGAGACACAUUAAAGAUAUGUACACUGCGAAAGAGCGGCUGGAAGCUGAACUGGGCCAAGAUGAGCAGCGUACACAGGCCCUUCACAAACACCUAUUGGCCAUUAAACACACACUGGUCAAUAGUCUAUCAACAGUCCCCCUGCCAGGAACAGGUGAAACAGCAUCUCUGGGCAACUUGGACUCAUAUCUGAGUCGCCUCAGUGGAGUACUGGAGGGAAACCCACACAAACACCGUGCCCUGCUCACCCAGCUUUGUGAGGUCUUUGCUCAUCUGGACAGUGAGAAGUUAUGAGGAAGCUCCAAACACUCAUUCAUUCUUUCACCACAGGAACAAAUGACUGUUUAUGGGAUGUUUGGUCAAAUCAGUGCCAUUCAAUGGAGUGUGUAGAUAAUGUACAUAUAGUAAAGGCAAGGUUACGAACACUUCUAAACACCAUGCACACACAGCCUUGUUUUAAUGAAUAUUUAGUCUCUUUUUUUAUGAAUGCAAGUCUGUGCUGAAGUAUUGAGGAUAUUUAAUGUUGAGUUUCAUUAAAUGUCAUUUUACUUUCUGAGCUGCCUUAAAAAAGAAAAUCAACUUCGAUCAUUGUGUAGUUUUGUAUCAGCAGGUAUUACAGGCUAUUGGCCUGUGCAUUGAGGCAAGCCUAAUUAUCAGUUUACAAUAAAUGCCAUUUGGUGGGUGGGCAAUGUGUAUGUAUUUUAUAGAUGUAUAUGUAACUAGGCAUGCAUUAAAUCCUAUAAACUGGAACGGGUAAAAAUGACAUGUAACAUAUACUGUACUGUUUUAAUUUGCAUUGAUAAUGUUAGUUUAUAGCAAAUUGUGGUGUGAUGGGCAGUUUCUCAUGUUCUGAAAUGUACAAGUUUGAGGUAAAUUUGUAUUUUUUAAUGUUUAAUAAACCAUACUGAAAGU